GUGAGUGCCUACAGUACUGUCGCGAGUUAAGCAAUUGAAUCCAGCUAGAAGUAAGUUCGCACCACAUGAUGCCCACAUUGACUGCACACAGCAGUGUUUGUUGAUUACGCUCUCUCGCGCUCGCAACCAACGAGCAGCCAUCGGAAGUCGCACGAACGCCACCGCUACCGACUGUUUCGGACUCAACGGCCAGGCAAACGCAACAUAAGCAUUCAGUCGAAGAUUUAAAGUGGUUUAAUAUACAUUUGUGUCGACGGUUACGGACGCAACGCAGAAAAGUCCACAAUAUUCGAAUGCAGUGCAGCAGACGCGCUAAAGCUGUAUGCAACAACAAAGUGUGCGCACGUUGUUAAUAAAUAAAAUUGUUAGCAAUAAAAAUAGAUAGCCAAAUAAAAUGAACCAUAAAGAAAGCAAAUCAAUCUAUACAAAAUAUCUGCACACAGAUGCGGUGCUACAGUGAGUGUAAAAAUUCCGGUGCGUAGAAGAAAGUCUAGUGAAUUGUGAGGAAAUAUUGAAAGUGGAGUGUCCGCGUCAAAUAAAGGAGCAAGUUUAAAUUCUUAAAAGUUAAAGUGAGUGAAAUGCAUUAUACAAGGCAAUAACGUGCCAACAACAACAACAACAACAACAAUAUCGCAAACGACCGAAGUUAGUGCAAACCAAAACAUAAAGAACGGCAAGUCCUAGGCGGGGUGGAUUACAAAUCAAAUAAAAUACACACAAUCCGAUUCGAGCGGAAGAGGCGGAAAAUAAAAAUAAUAACAACCGCCGUGCGGCGCAACUGAAUUGUCAAAAAAAAUUUAGUAUGAACAGAAUGACAACUGGGCAAUUUUUGUUUUAAGGACAGGAGCGUCGAGGAAAAACGCCAAAAAAUAUACAACAUUACUAAAGUUGCCACAACCGAGUUGAGAGUAUCGUGCUAAAACAACAGUAAUAAAGCAGCCAGAACAGCAAACUUGGCAGACAAGCGCUGAGCGAGUGGAGCGGCGGGCGCAGGGCGUUGUGAAAAUGGUUGAAACGAUGACAAUUGCCAGUUGUUGCAAGUAGCGUAGAGACUGUCAAAAACUUGUCAAACCAGCACACACAAGUGGCAGCGCACAGAAGCUGCAAGGGAAGUGGCACGACAACAAUACGAGCCGCACACAAGAAACACUAGAACAAGCUGCCGCGGCUGAAGACAACACAAACUAGUUUUUGUGUGAAGAAAAACCUAAAUAAAAUUUACGUUGUUUCCUUUUUGCACCAAAGUCCUUUUAUUUGUCUUGGGCGACACGAAGAACAAGAGCAACUAAUAAAUCCAACAAAAGAAGUAGCACAAGCCUUACUCGAACCAAACAAAAAGCGUAGUUAAGCGCCGAAACAUUAAACCGUCAGUGAGCACCCAGAAAAGGAAUAACAACCUGACCCGAAGCUACUUGACGACGACUUGAAGGAGCGAGCGCACGAAAAGCGCAGCAAAGCCAUAAAAGAGCUUGAGUUUCGCAGAACACAGGAAAAGGUGUGACGAGGGCCGACAGCCGUUGAUGUGACAACGCUGCUCAUACGAAUUUGCAGCGCCAAAACGAGGGAAAGGCAACGAGGGAAGGGCACACCUCGUGUACUUUUGAUUGGAACUGCCACUUUAGUGUGCGUAAGAGAAAUGUAAUCAUGCGGAUAAUGCGAGCAUACCUUCAAACGGCAACAAUAACAACUACUUACCAAUAGCUGCCACAAUAAAAGCAACAACAAUAGUAAAUAACACUGAAGAGCGCGCAUACAAAUCAUAAGGACAAUAUUCACAAGUGAACAAAGUGAGUGAAAGCACGCUUGCUUGCUGGCAAGAUAUUCAAAUCAAAAGACGCAGCAGCUGCAACAACAACAACGGCACACACUAGCCGGCGGCAGAAAUAAAUGAGCAAGAUUGUUGGCGCACUGCGUGCAAUAUGUCCGUGAGGACAUCGGAAUUCUACGUCAAAGCAAAGCGCGCAGGGCACAGCAAGACAACCGGAAUGUAAUAUUGUGCUGCUAACGGUGAACAAUGUCUGUAUGAUAUCAUAGCAACAACAAAGCGAGCACAAUAACAAGCAACCAAAACCAAAAAACAAAAACAAGAAAAACAAACAAAAAUCAAAACAAUUACCUCAGACGCAAAGGAAAAGCGUCAGUGGCAGAUUGCAGCGCUACGUCAACGACAGCAUUCCCAAGCAGCAGCAGCAGCAAUCGGUCCAUAGUGCCACCGGAGUGUGACAGCAGCGAAUAAUGCAACAAGAUAAGGCGCUACACGCCAGCCGGACGGCAGCCACGAGCAGCACACAAGACAAAACGUCAACGCCAACAACAGCAACAGCACAAAUGUCCGCCGCAAUGCUGCAGCAGCAACAACAGCGCGUGCACAAGGCCGCCACAGAGCCAGAAACAGCACCAGCGGCCGCACCAGCAACAACACGAUCGGCGCGUGCAACAGAAGUCGAAACCGAAACCGAAAACACGCCGUGCGCGGAGCAUCGUGUUGACAUGAGAUGUCCAAACAGUAUUCUCCAUGCUGCGCAACAACAAAUGCCCAACACAGACAUGGCCUUGAGCGCCGGUGCAGCAUUGGGGGGCCGGAGCGGCAGCGCAGCGACGCACAAAUCACACGGCCAGCAAACGGCUGUGCCAAAUGCAGUGCACGCAGCAACUACCGCCGAACUGCUAACGACAGCAGCAACAACAAAUUGCAAAACAGUGCACGCCAGUCGCCAGCCAGCAGUUGAUAAGGACAACGAUAACAAAAGCAUGAACUCAAGCAACAGCAGCACAUUGUUGACACAAAAACAACAACAGCAGCAAAAACAAACACAGCAACAACAACGAACCGUGGCCACCACAAAGUCAACGCCAGCAGCUGCAGAGAAGGCAGACAGCGCAUUCCGCACAUCAAAUAUUUUCACAGUCGUCUGCCGCGGCUACAGCUGGACCAGCGCCAAGGAUCGCACCAACAGCAAAGCGCUCUUCCAUCUACUCAAUAUGACUUUUUUCAUGUUGUGCCUCAUUGCGUGCGCUCUGGCGAUGUACAGCAUUGUGCGGCAUUCGCGCAACGAGCAGCGGUUGCGGCAAGUGUUGCAACUGGACGAACGAAUAAGUGCACUGGAGCUGCGGCUGCAAUUAUGUGAGCAGCGCCACCAACCAAGGCAACAACAACAUUUUGAUUUGGACACGAACCGGCCGCUAAAUAAUGAGCGCACCAGCCCGGAGCUGGACGCCACCGUUGAUUUGCAUAAUCAGUCAGGGGCGCCACCAAAGCAAAUGUCCGUGGAUGUGACACAAACGCUGCAGCGAUUGUCGCGACAGGUGAGCGAUUUGCAUCGUUUGCGUCGUGAUGUUUCGCAUUUACAAAUGUCGCGUCGCCAACAGCAGCGCCGGCAGGCGAGUUUGGCGGCGGCGACCACCGCCGAUGGACUACUGUUGCAGACACCGCAGCAAACGCAUUCCGGCGAAUGUGGAUGUACGGCAGGGCCACCUGGACCACCAGGCCCACCGGGCAAACGGGGGAAACGUGGCAAGAAGGGCGACCCGGGCGAAAAGGGUGAUCCGGGCGUCAAUGGCGUGAACGGCGAGAAGGGCGCUGCCGGCAGACCGGGCGACAAAGGUCAAAAGGGUGAUGUCGGCCAUCCGGGCAUUGAUGUCUUCCAAACGGUGAAGGGGCUGAAGCGCUCGGUCACGACCUUACAUGGCGGCACUUUAGGUUAUGCUGAAAUUGUUGCUGUCAAGGGUUUGCAAGAAGCCGGUGUGAAUGUAUCAGCCGCCACUGUCAUACAAUUGAAGGGUGAACCUGGCGAGCCCGGUCCGCCUGGACCGCCGGGACCACCUGGUGAGCCCGGCUCACCCGGCAUGAAUGGCGGACGUGGUCCACCUGGCGAAACCGGCCCAGCGGGACCUGCUGGACCACCUGGAGAAGCUGGACCGAUUGGCCCACCUGGCGCGCCGGGCACACUGGGACCUAAGGGUGACAAAGGUGACCGCGGUGAUCGAGGUCUUACGACGACCAUUAAGGGUGACGAAUUUCCCACCGGCAUCAUUGAGGGGCCACCAGGUCCAGCGGGACCACCUGGUCCACCUGGCGUACCUGGCGACCGUGGCGAAGUGGGCCCCGCUGGACCACCAGGGCCGCCCGGCGAGAAGGGACCGCGCGGCAAACGCGGAAAGCGGAUCUUCGGACCCGGCGGCGCUAAAGACGAGGACUACGACGACCCACCAGUGCAACUGUUGCGUGGGCCACCCGGUCCGCCGGGCAUGCCCGGUAAGGACGGACGCGAUGGCCGCGAUGGCUCUAAAGGUGAUGCGGGCGAACCCGGUGAACCUGGUUCGCUGGGACCACGUGGUCUGGACGGUCUGCCUGGUGAGCCGGGCAUUGAGGGACCGCCUGGCCUGCCCGGCUAUCAGGGACCACCCGGUGAGAAAGGUGAUCGUGGCGAUAUUGGACCGCCCGGUCUGAUGGGUCCACCAGGACUGCCCGGUCCACCCGGCUAUCCGGGUGUGAAGGGUGAUAAGGGCGAUCGCGGUGAUUCAAAGUAUAGAAAAAUGCGCCGGCGACAAGAUGAGGGAAUGUCGGAUCAGCCACAUAUGCCAACCAUUGAAUAUCUUUAUGGUCCACCUGGACCGCCCGGUCCUAUGGGUCCACCCGGCCAGCCAGGUAAGCAUGGAGAACGUGGCAUGGAUGGGCGCAAGGGAGAUUCGGGUGAGAAAGGACAAAAAGGCGACCAAGGACCAAUGGGCUUACCGGGUCCAAUGGGUAUGCGUGGCGAUUCCGGUCCAGUCGGUCCCUCCGGCAAAGCCGGCUUACCGGUGUGGGGCUACUAAUUCUAAACAGGCAAACACACACACAAACUUAACUAUAAAUGAAUACUAAAAGCAAAAAAAAAACCAAAAACAAAAACAAAAAACGCUAACUGAAACGAAGUUAAUGAAACGCCAAAAAAGCAUAAAUAAAUUGAAAGCAAUGCAAACAAAUUGUUAAUGCAACACAUACACACAUAUAUAUACAAAAACAGCAAUGAACACGAAAGCGCACAGCAAAUACAAUAACAAAUACACAACGCACAACAGGCCACAAACAAAAAAAUAUUUUUUGCUACACUAACACGUACAUACAUACACAUACAAAUACUAAAGAGUUUAAAAACACACAAACAAUAGAUAUGUGUGUGGCGAAGAGCGCCACAUGCCACACUAAAUACCGUAAUUAUUUUGAGCAACAAAACUACGGUUAUGCAAACACAAUUUGUGACCUAAACGCAGUGAAAAAUCAAAAAUGCCAGCAAAAUCGAAAAAUUUUAGCAAACAAAUUUCGAAAGACAAUUUCAACAAAUCGAAAAUAGUAAGCAUAGGCAACUCAAAACAAAAACACAAACAUAUUAACACUCCGAUAUCAAAAGUCAUGUUUGUGCUUACCGCUAUUUGACCUUAGACUUAUACACACAAAAACAGCAAAAACCAAACAAUUGCUAAUAACUCACAGUUGAACUCGCCGAACUCCAACUCGGCAAACAAGAAGCUUUCAACUUGCAUCGAGACACACAUACACGACACACAUAUACUUGUGUAUUUCUAAAAACAAAUGCUAGCUUAAGUAUUUAAGUCCAAGUAUAUAAAUAUUUGUUAAGAGCAUUUCUGAAAAGUGUAAAUAUGUCUAAAUAGCAUCAGCCGAAAGUAUUCCCAAAGAAUUUAAUUUCACAUUUUUAUGCAGCUUAAGUUUCAAUGUUGCUAAGUAUUCUUUGUACUCUGAUAUAAACCGUAAAUAUGCUUGGCCAGAAUUGGUGCGGGAAAUUUUAUGAAACAUUUUAGUUGGCGAAUAAUCUUCUGCUUCAUAUCUCUAAAGGAAGCUUUCCGCAAUCAUUUGUAUAACUAAACAUAAAUCUUGUGAAUUUUUCCAAAUUUUUGUUUCUAAAUGUCGACAAUAUUUAAGAAUAUGUAGAAUGAUAAACUUGG